UCAAGGUCCAACGUCUCAGUAUCUGGAUGACGUUAUCGCGUCAUUAUGAUACAAUGCCUAAAGCGAAAUUGAUAGCUUGUGAUCCACGUAUUAGAAUACCCGUCUCUCAACAAGCUCCUUACUGCAUUACUUACAUAAAAGGCACAGAAUGCGUCUAAACUCUAAAUGAAACAUGAAAAUAAGGCAUUCAUACGUCGAACCAAGAACGUCUGUGAGCAGGACUUGACCAAACGAUGUUGUUCCGUUUCAAAACAAAAGGAGCAACAGCUCAAAAGGAAGAAAAGGAUUGCGUUUUUACAAGAUGAAAAAUGCCGGGUCGAGCAGUCACGUAAUGUGUUGAGGCGUACGCGACGGCGUAAAGAAGUUAAGGGAGAGCGCAUGAGCAAAACACACGUCCAUGGUUUCUUCAAACCCUGCUGCGAUAAUGUUUGGUAGAGCGGAUUUGAGAGUUUGCCAGGGCCGUUGACGGGCCGAGGCUAAGAAACUCGUGCGUGCAUUCUUUCCCGCUCGAUAUGAAGCCACACAUUUCCCGCUCUGUCCUCCGACUGUAGAAAACAGCACGAAAAAAAGAGAGAGAAGAACAGAGAAAGAAAACCCCAAGUGUCUGUGUGUGUGUGUGUGUGACACGUUGACGAAAGGAUAUCCAGACAACAGACGGGAGACGACACAUUAUAAAAGUGAAAAUGUCCGUCAGUUGUCGGUUGCUAUUAACAUCGUCCAACAGCUGAAGAAGUAGGUUUUUGGAUGGAGACGGAACCGUGGUGGCCCGGUUUGGUAGUGGCCGUCGUUAGCAGUUUGAUUCUGUUGUUAUUCCUCGUCACUCUCCUCGUGCAUCACUUGCCACCGUUACAGAAAUGGCUCCUGCCCGUCCUCACUCGUAUCGCUCCACCAAACAAACCUGCCAUUCCGCCCCAAACGACUUCGGCUGGCCAUAUCCAGUCUGACAACGGAUCACCUCAACAGCCUCAUCCUGCGCUCCAUCCCAGGAGCCGACCAUCCCGUCCUAGUUCACUGCCAUGUUUGCCGGAAGAGAAGUUGGUGUAUUGUCCGUCAUCGAGUUCGGUGGUAGCAGUAGCGGCGGCCGCUGCGGCUCAAGCCGCUCAGGCAGCCGCCAUGCCUCAUCGACCCCAUUCGUUCUAUCCGCCGGACGAAGAGGACGAACCCGGGGAGGAGGACGACGAUGAUUGCACGACUCCGCAACAACAGCCGCCCCUAUAUCCGCCACAGCAACGAGGUCGUGUCCAUCACAAGCUCAAUCUGGCCCUGCACAGUGAUGGAUCAGAGGCGAGUAAUUCAUCAUCAUCGGCUAGUGCCGUCAACGAUUAUCCGGACCAUCUUCCUGCUUCACUAGGAGCAGGAUCUCAUCAUCACCACAGCCAACAACAUCAUUCAAACGAGCAACAAAGACGUCACCAUCGAUCAUCAGACGAAGCCGUUUUGAGGCAGCGUGCCGCCAAUCGACAAGAUUUGGCUCAUCAACAGCAUCGCCAUCAACGACUCGUCGAUCACGACGAUAUCCAGCGACUGGAUGAGUGGACGCCGCCCACCCAACGGCAAUCCAGCUUGGCCGAGACCGACUGCGAUGUAAGUAACCGUUCGACAGCACAAUCGUCGCAUGCCAUCCACGACGUCAAUAAUAGCUCGAGUAGAUUUUACCCCAACGACGUCGUCCUAGAUAUUCCGCCCACCCCACCCUCGUCGACUGUUGGCAGCACGUUAAAGUCUAGUCGGACCCUAAGCCGCAGUCUGGCCGUUUUGACGGCAACCGGCUUGGACCGCAUUCGCUCCAUGAUCCAUCUGGACACGGAUAGUAGAGCUGAGAGCAUGAUUGACAUGACGGACAUGUCCAGCACUUUUGGCGAAUCGGAAUCGGUGACGGGAUCAGUCAUUCUACCCGGUCCCAACAGGACUGCAAACAAAGCCGUGGCAGAAAUGGGCUUCUCUUACAAUUCGGCGUCAGGUAAACUGGUGGUCCGGCUGGUGGAAUUGCGCCAGCUGACUUCCGCCAGUCGCAACACAUCCAUCCAGCUGAGAUUACUUUUGCUGCCCGACCGGAAGCAGCGUUGCAAGAGCAAAUUGCGUUACAUGAAUCAAGAUGGCAGCACAGUGUCCCUGAUGGAAACGUUCGUUUUCAACCGAAUCGAGCCGGGCGAGUUAAACAGCACGGGCAUCCGUCUGCGGCUCUACUGCUCGGAACGACUCCGCAGAGAGAGGCUCCUUGGGGAGGCUUUUGUCGGUCUAGCCUCUAUGACUCUCGAUCAUCAAAGAGAACAGUCUCUUCUUGUCGCCCUAGAGACCAAAUCCGGCCCGUUCAAAAAAUCAUUGGCCGCUUUGGGGCGAAGCACAAGUAGUAGCAGCAGCCGAGGCGACAUUAGUCCAACGUCUAUCGGCCCAUCGGAGCAAUGGCCACCGGAGAUGAUUCCACCACGUAACGGCAUUCCGGAAUUGUUGCUGGGCCUGGCCUACAAUGGGACGACUGGUCGUUUGUCUGUGGAAAUCCUUAGGGCCGCUUCGUUACGAAGUUGGACGUCCAACAGGGUACCAGAUGCUUGCGUGAAAGUGAUGCUGCUGACGCAAACGGGACAAGAACUCGGACGUGCCAAGACGGUUCCCAAGAAGAAUUCAGAGGGUGGACCUACCUGGAUGGAGACGUUCGCUUUCCAGGUGACGCUCUUCCAGUUGGCCGAAGUGACACUGCUCAUCUCAGUUGUGAAUAAGCGAAGUUUGAAACGUCGUGAAUUGCUGGGUUGGAUCUCGUUGGGUUUCGAUAGUUCCGUAGAUCAACAGACGGAACAUUGGCAGGAAAUGAGAGAGGCUGCAGGUGAGCAAAUAUGCCACUGGCACGCCCUCCUGCCACCUUAAUAGAUUAAUACAUAUACACAGAAUAUGCAGGAAAAUUAGAAUAUGAUGAAUUUCUUUUUGAAUCUCCUCUUUUUCUCCAUUGUGAUUCAAAUUCCUUUUUUUAAAAAAAAUCUUACAAAACAAAACAAAUCUCUAUUUGAUCGGUGGUGGUUUUUAUUCAAAUUCUCUUUUUAAAAAAAUAAAACGUUCUUUCUGCAAAUAUUUAAUAUAAGAAACAUCACCUUUAUACGUCCAGUAAUUACUUUAAUUCUUGUCUCGCUAAACUCUUCAACCUUUGACAAAAAACAGUUGUGUUUUGUUCCUUUGGUCAGCAUCCAAUCAUGUGCACGUUUUUUUACAUAUAUUAUACAUAUACAUAUAUAUCUUUAUUCAAUUUUGUACUUACCACAUGUGGUACUCAUGGAUGUGAAAACUCCACAAACAAACCAUUUGUCUAUAGCCUUAUAUGAAGAAAAAAAAAAGAGAAACGUAUCUGCCGGACAUGCACAUUAUUCGAUGUCAAAGACUGGUCAUCAAUUAUGAAAUGAUGACGCAAAAAGAAAAGUUUACUUCGUUCCGUCGUUCGUCCAUUUUCAUUUCUUUUUUUACCACAUGCAGACAACAAUUGAUAUCAUCAUAUUUGGCAAUGAAGCAAAGUGGGGUGGGGACGGUCAGCCAAUCCGUUUUCUAAUAACACUCACUUUCUUUUUGUGUAAGUUUAAUCGAUCGUAAUAUUCUAAUACUAUGUAGCACGAAUAUUGCUCCACUUUUUUUUACUGAUAUCGAACAAUACAAAAACAUUCCGACAUA